AUGUGUUUGCUGUUCGGCCCCCUCGUGGCGCCUGAUUUGCGCGUCUCUCCUAUCCCGUGCCCAUCGCUUCGGCUCGGCGCACCCGCGCUGGCGGCGCACGGCUCGGCCGACGACCUCUUCAGCCGGUACGCCGCCGCGGCGCCGCCGGUGCAGGCGGGGCUGUACGCUCGCUGCUGGAGCAUUGUGGACGAGGCGGUGCAGGCGACCGUCCCCGGUGCGAGCGUGGACGCGAGCGCCUACGGCGGUGAGCUGGCGGCCUUCGUCGCAGCCGGCCCCGACGACCCGGAGGCGGUCCCUGAGGAGCAGCGCGAGAUGCUCGGCAAGUUGGCCGACACGGCUGCCUCGUACGUGCGGCUGGUGGAUCCGGGCCGCCUGUCGUACGGCACCCGCUACCGCACGCUCAACGCACCGCUCGGCGCCUACUUUUGCGGCAUCUCGCUCUGGCCGCGCGAGAGCGUCGACGUGCCCAACUUCACGCUCUACUUUGGGUCCGGCUCGGCCGUCAACCCGGACCGCGUCUUCCUGCGGCUCGAGCUCGUGCCGCGCGUGGACACAGACACGGACGCGGCGUACGCGGAGAGGUACUACGCCCCCUUCAACGACCGCUUCUUCGCCAUGGCCGCCGACCCAGCCUUUGAAGCAUACGUCUCCGACUCGGC